UAAACGUGUAUUAUGAUUUACUAAACUAAACUAGAAACAAACAAAAAAAAACUGUCCAGAACAUAAACCCUUUCGUCAGAUUACAUUUCAAAAAAUAAUUUCAAACAUAAAACAUCAAUGCAAUUCGACAGCAAUAGUGGAACAAAAAAUAACCAAAAUCAAGAAUCAAGAAUCCAGAAUCAAUCAAUCAAUCAUAAUCAUGAAUAAUGGGCUGUGGUGUAUCAUCAUCAAGUGCACAAAUUGUUCCAGUCGAUGAUUGUCCAUUAUCAUCAUCAUCAUCGACAAAUGGAACAACAACUGAAAAUUCUCAUCAUUUAAAAUCAGUUUGGUCAGCUAAAUCAUGGAUUCAUAAGAAUGAUAAUCAUCCAAUUCCAAAUCAAUCAAAUCGACCUGGUGGUAUUAUGAUCAAUGGCUUCGAUAUGAUUAGUAUUUUAUUACCAUGUCGUUUUGUUGGUAAUAAUCGUUCAUCAACAGAUGAUAUUAAUGGAAAUUUAUAUGGUACAAAUAUUAAUCAUAGUGAAGUGCAAACCGAUUUAGAUAUUAUUGGUGGUUUUAAAUGUCAAUAUACACAAACUGAUUCGAAUAAUAUGAAUGAUGAUGAAUUUGAAGCAAUGAUCAUUGCAUUAGAUGAAUUAUUGAUUAAUGAAUCAAUCAAUAAAAAUGAUCAAUCGACUAAUGGUGGUGGUGAUAAUGGACAAAAUAAUAACGAUGUCCACGAUGAUGAUGAAGAUGAAUUAUUAUUGGUCAAACAUAAAACAAUCAAUUCACUUCGACUACAGGAAAAUCAUCACCAUCAUUCAACGAAACGAUUUUGCAAUGUAGCUGUACAGGCAACCAAACGAAAAUCAACACAAUCAACACAAACCAAAUUCGGUUCAAUUGAUCAUUGUUUUCUAUCACCAUUAACUGAUCAACAGAAAUUAUUACGUUUAAGUGAAAAUCUUACCAAAGCAAUUGUUGAUUGUAAAUCAACGGAUUUAAACAAUCCAGAUAAUGAUGAUGAUGAUGAUCAACAAAAUUUAAAAAAAUUAUUAUCAACAUUAGAUGUUGAUGAUGAUUUGGAUUUGGAUAACAAAACAAACGAAGAAAUGAUCGAUACUGUAACAAAAACAUUGUCCAAAUUUGAUGAUGUUUCAAAAUCAAAAUUACCAUCGACAAAUCAACGAAAAAAUCCCAACGAAACAUUAUGGUAUUCAAAAAGUAAACAUUUAAUGAAAAAACAAAAAGUUCAGGAUUGUAUAUUCAUUUUAUUGGAUGAUAUACGAAAGAAAAAAACAUUGGAACAAUUUAAUCAAUCAUCGAAUGUUACGAUGGAUAAUAUUGUAAAAAAACGUGAUGUUUCACUACAAACAACCAAUGAUAUUUUAACAGAUGAAUCACCUGAAUAUGCUGCACGUUCACCAUUAUGUUCAAAACAAGAAAUGAUACCAACAUCAUUAAUGUUUAAAGAUAUUGAUCAAAAAAUGUUAGAUGAAGAAGAAAUGUUACCAGAUUUUCAACAAACACAAGAUUUGAUACAAUAUAUUUGUAAAUUUGCUAAAAAUGAUUUAUUUAAAAUACGUGCAUUAUUCAUAUGGAUUACUCGAAAUAUUCGUUAUAAUUUAGAUUUGUUGGAUAAAAAUCUCCGAUCGGUUGAAAUACUUGAACAAAAACAAGGUACAAGUAAAGAUUAUUGUAGACUUUUUAUCGAUUGUUGUCGUUUGAUUGGUAUACGUGUAAAACGUAUUGAUGGUUUUGUACGUGAUUAUCAUUAUCGUCCUGGUUAUCAUUUUGAACCAGGAAAAGAUUCCAUUCAAUCAUGGACGGCUGUAUUCGUUUUAAAUUCAUGGAGAUUUAUUGAUUUAACAUUAGCAGCUGGUUAUAUUGAUGCUCAAGGAGAAUUUCAUUCAAAAUUUAAUGAACAUUAUUUUCUAACCGACCCGAGUGUUAUGAUUUGGACACAUUUUCCAUAUAACGAAAUGGAAGAAAAUUAUGAUCGAUGGCAACUAUUGGAUAAAUCAAUAACAUUGGAUGAAUUUAAUGCCCGACCAAAAGUAACGGAAUUAUUUUUCGAAUAUAAUCUUAUGAUACGAACAAAAAUACAGAAUCCAUUAGAAUUUCGUAUAUCGACUGAAGUGAAAAUAGGUAGCCAUGAACCAAUGCGUUAUAAAUAUAAAUUAUAUUCAGCUGAUGAACAGGAAAAUUCAUCAUUAAAUUAUUAUGUUUUUUGUCAAUUAAAAGAAGAUCGUUUAGUCGGUUCGUUUAUGGUACAGCCACCUUUAUCUGGAAGAUUUUUACUUAAAAUAUUUGCCAAACCGGAACGUGAAAUGCAAGGUAGCCAACAGGAUUUAUCAAUACCAUUAAAUCCAAUAAUAACAAUAUUAUUAGAAUGUACAAAAGCAAGAAAAUAUUUAGAACCAUUUCCAUUAAAUGAAUUACCAUGGGGUUUAACACAAAAAUUUUAUGAUUAUAAACUUCGUUUGGUUAAUCAAAAAGGACCAAUUAUUGUUACAUGGGGUGGUCGUCGAAGAUUAAUAUUAGAAUCAAAUGAAACAAUGUUAAUUACAUAUUCAUUAUAUGAUUCGGAUUCAAUGGAAAUGGAUACCAGAAAUAUUAUUUUACGUGAUGAUAAUGGUUUGAAAAUAAUAUUUACAAUAAAUCCACCUAGAGUUGGUACAUUUAAAUUUAUAUUAUUCGGUAUGCCAAAACCUAAACAAAAAGGUAAAUGGCGUUUGCCAAUGUUGGCUACAUUUAUGAUUGAUUGUAAAUUAAUUAAACCACCACAACAUGAUGAAGAUAUGGUAACUACAGCAAAUACAACGCACACAACAAAUAAUGAUGAUGAUAAUAAAUUAAAAAAAUAAGUUUUUAAUUUAUUUUUUUAAAAAAUGUGAUUAAAGUAUUAUUUUAAGCGGAUUAUCUAACUAAUUAUAAUUGUUUGCCUAACCCAAAAAAAAACACUUCAAAAUAUAU